AUGGAGGUGGUGUACUGCAGAGUCAUGCUGAGGGUCGCCUGUUGCUACCGCACAGUAUCGUACGACGCAGUGGCGGUCGUAUGCGGCAUGCAACCAUUUGCAUUGCUGGCCGAAGAGCGGCAGAAAAUCUACGGGGGCAUACUGAAGAGCGUAGCCAGGGACCAGCUGACGAGCAGAUGGCAAACAGCUUGGGAGAAUGCGGCAAAUGGCAGGUGGACGUACUGUCUCAUCAAAGAUCUCGUACCCUGGCUGAGGAGGCAACACGGUGAAGUUUCCUUCCACCUCAGUCAAGUGCUGACCGGGCAUGGCUGUUUCUGUGAGUACCUCCAUCCGUCGGGAAAACCGACAGCGACAGCUGUGCUCUGUGCGGGACGGCUCCAGACGAUACUGAACACGCAGUAUUCAACUGCGACGCUUUUCACAACUGGAGAACCGAAACGUGUGUAUACCUUGGCGUCGACCAGCUCUCGCCUGACAAUUUAG